UCUGGCAGAAAGAAGAUUGUAUUGAUUGUAUGGAAAUAUCCACACCUUGACAGAGGGAGAAGGCGUGAACACUUACUUGAGAAACAAAGAUUUAAUGAUAGAACAUACAGCGUCCUGCCAGCAGUAUGUAACAUACUCAAAGUCCUACCAAGUUGAACACACAUAUUUGAGUACUUUCCGUCAUGCUGGCAGUACUGAAAACAUUCCCAUUGUGAAGACCGUUUCAUUCUCUUCACAGCGCACAAAAAAAUCAGGUUGGUAGGACUGUUUGUUCAGUAAUGGCGAGAUGUUUCAUGAAGGCUGUCGCGUCUUUGUUUUGGCUCCAUAUUUUGAUGCGCCCAACACCGAAAAUGAGUGGAGUAAGUCGAUUUUUGGUGAAAAUUGGAAGACAGAAAAGUGUUUUGGAACUAUAGUUUCAAUAAAUAAGUGUUUCGGUAGUGUGAAAUGGGAUAUUGAUGGGAAUACUACAAAAGUUUGGUUAGCAGACAUCAACCCACAUGUCAAAAGUUAUACAGUGCAGCCAGAUCUUUAUACACAGGCCAAGAACAGACUUCAAAAGGAACUGCAGUUUCCACAGCUAAUCAAGAAAAAAUACCUACUUCAACUUCAAUUCCAAGUGGUUCUGCAGUUUCCACACGUAUUGCUAAUCAAAAGAAAAGGAGAAAAUUUGAUAAAUUGCCUACAAUUAGGAAGCCUACCAACAAAACACCAGUUGCUUUCACAUCUGAAGUUUCGUCAUAAUCAGACUCCAAAAUAGAGCAGGACACUUCUAUAAAUGAUCUUUUUGCUAGCAACAACAAUAAUAAAAAAUUAAAUAUUCAACCUAAUCAAAGCAGUUGUAAUGAGAUUUUCAGGGCUCAUGAAACGUCUUGGAAAUUUGGACCAAAUGUUUCAAUUGAUACAUUCAAAGAAUCUAAAUAUAAUCCUCGAUUGAACGUUCAAGACCCAAAAUUACUCUCUGAACUAGAUUUUUGGAUGCUUUUCUUUCCUUCCAAUGACAUCAAUCAUAUACUACAAUGUACAAAUUCGAAUUUAUGUGAAAAAAGGAAAUUAGUUUCUAAGCACGAAUUUUACAAAAGUUGUGGGAAUAUUGUAUGCUAUGAGCUUGAAUAUUUUGCAUGCUCGAUGAGACUAUUGAUCCCAAAUUGAUGGAUUGUAUCGUGCGCCAGCUUUUGGAGAAAGGUUUGGCAUGGGGUUGCACCGGUUUGAAGAGAUUCUAAUGAGUAUGGUAUUUAGUGAUCCCAAUCAUCCAGAAAAUACAGAUAAAUGGUUCAAUGUUAGGUCACUUAUAGAUGUGAUACAUAAUCAAUGGAAGGAUGUAUUUUCCCCAGGGUUCAACCUAACUGUUGAUGAGUCUAUGUUUUCCUGGUAUGGGAAAGGGAAUUUUGAUCCAGAUGGUAUGCCAGCUGUCAUGAAAAUUAAGAGAAAACCCAAAGGUGUAGGAUGUGAGGUGAAAACAAUUUGUGACAGUGUGUCUAAAAUUAUGGUAGGU